AUGACUUCCAUGGACAAGGUGUUCAGCGCCUACUCUGCUCGAAAUGCCUCCCUCGAGUCGAGCAGCAAUCCGUUCGCCAAGGGUAUCGCCUGGGUUGAGGGCCAACUAGUCCCUUUUGACCAGGCACGUAUACCACUGAGAGACCAAGGAUUCAUGCAUGGAGACCUCACUUAUGAUGUGCCUUCAAUCUGGGACGGGCGCUUCUUCCGCCUUGAUGACCACCUUGCUCGCCUCGACGCUAGCUGUCAUAAGAUGCGGAUGCAGUUACCUCUCUCAAAGGAGGAUAUCAAAUCUACCCUUGAGGAAAUGGUCGCCAAGAGUGGAAUCAAGGAUGCAUUUGUCGAGUUGAUAGUCACUCGGGGUCUUGUCGGUGUUCGAGGAUCCAAGGCCGAGGAUAUUAUGAAGCAGAAUCUCUACAUGUUUAUUCUGCCUUAUGUUUGGGUGAUGGAGCCCGAAAUUCAGUACAAUGGAGGUAGCGCUAUCAUCGCCCGUACUGUGCGAAGAACUCCGGUUGGCAGUUUCGAUCCGACCAUCAAGAACCUCCAAUGGGGCGAUUUGACCCGUGGAUUGUUCGAGGCCUCGGACCGUGGUGCAGACUACCCCUUCCUCACAGACGGAGAUGGACACUUGACCGAAGGUUCUGGCUUCAACAUCGUUCUCGUCAAGAACGGAAUUUUGUACACUCCCCAACGCGGAGUUCUCGAGGGUGUGACACGAAAGAGUGUAAUCGAUGUUGCAAGAGCCAACAGCAUCGAGGUUCGUGUUGAAUUCGUGCCUACCGAGUCUGUCUACCAAUGCGAUGAGUUGUUCAUGUGUACGACUGCUGGUGGGAUUAUGCCGAUCACUUCUCUGGACGGCAAACCGGUUGGCAACGGCCAAGUUGGCCCUUUGACCAAGCGCAUCUGGGAUGGAUACUGGGCGAUGCACUAUGAUCCUGCUUAUAGCUACGCCUUGACCUAUACAGACAGCGGCAGAACACAGAGACUAUAG